CCCAUCGCUGUCGCUGCGCCUGUGCAUCGCAGUCUGCUCCUCGUUCGCCCCAUUGCGCCGCCACGCGCGCGAGCCACAUGUCUCCGCGCCCGCCGGCAGACUCAGCAUCCGACGCCUCUGCCGCCGUCUCGCCCGCCCUCUCGUCUCCCCUCUCCUCUCCCUCGCCCACGCCCUCGGCCAGCUCUCUCCUCGCCGCCUCGCGCAUCUCCCACCUCGAGCUCGACUCCGAGGCCUCCCCCUCGGCACACUCUGCGCACGCCACGCACACCACCAGCGCACGCUCGCCGCCCGUGGCGCUGCCCUUGACGCCCACGCAUCUCCUGCGCUCCUCCGACGACGCCAUGCUCAACCCGCUCGCCGAGCAGCGUGCGCGCGCGCGCAGAAGCAGCAGCAGCAGCAGUGCUGCAGGCGCCGAGCGCCACGAGGACGACUCGGCGCUCGACUUGCUCGUCGACGCGCACGACGAUGAGGGCAGCGAGUCGCGCGGCUCCACCGCCGAGGCGCAGCAGCAGGAGCAUGCCUCGAGCGCAGCAGCAGCACAUCACCUCCACUCGCAUGCGCACAUCUCUCGUCGCGAUGCCUCCGUCGGCCUCGACCCCGACGCAGACGUCGAUAGCUUCAUCACGCAUCGGCCCAUUCUCGAUGUGCACCCCAACGCCACAGCCGGCACUGCUCUGCCUCCUCGUUCUUCCUCGCCUAGUUCUUCCACUGGUCGCUCGCACCGCGAACAUCACCACCAUCACCUCAACCACGGUGCCAAGACACAAGAGCAUGAGGCGGGCAUGCCGGACACGGCAGCCACCGCCUCGGCGACGGGCAUGCCCAAGAUCAUUCCUCGCAAGCCUCACGGCUCUCAAAAGCAGCGUCGCCUCUCCUCUUCCUCUUCCUUCUCCUCCUCCAGCUCUGCAUCCGAAGGCUCGCAGCCUGGCGCACCUCAAUCCGGCUUCCUCACGCCCGCCGCCUUUGCUCCGGGACUCACGCUGCAGCGUCGUGCGGCGCUUCUGAUCUCGACGAUCGCCAUCAACAUCGGCCUGCCGUUCAUCAACGGCGCCAUGCUGGGCUUUGGCGAGAUCUUUGCGCGCGCCGUGCUGGCGCCGUGGGUCGGCUUUGCGGCGCAUGCGGUGGGUGUGGGAGCGCCGACGAAGCCCAGACAGCCGGCGACGCAGGACAGGGCGUUCCAGGCGGGCCUGAGGACGGGCGCGCCCGGAGGCACGGGCAUGGGCACGAGAGGUGGCUGGGCGAAGGGAGCGGAGGGCGUCGAGCUGGAGGGAUGGAGCGUGGAGCGCUAGGAGAGUAUCAGAGCGGGAAGGAACUGGCAGAUAGCAGACAAGACGGUGCGCAGCGGGUCGAAGGCCCAUGCGGGGCCGCCAGGAUGUAGCCUAAUGAACACACAUCAUAUCUCGCCAACCCUCGUUUGGCGACAGAAGACAGGCUGUCAGGAG